AUGUCCAGCAUCCUGGCGUUCAGUGCUCUGAGCAUACCAUUCCUGUAUAUCCCUACAGACUUUCAGCGUGAUGCGCCACAACGGAUCGCUGCCGCGACAUUUACAGCCGAAGCCAUCACCUGUGGAUUCCCUGUCAGUGGUCAAUACGGGCUUACUGCUGUCUCACUAUACUUUUUGUUGCUGCCGGUGACAGUCCUGCUGCGAAAGGUCACACGGUUGUCUGAAGCCAUUGCAGCGUCAGUCAUGACGUAUUCUGGGGUUGCGUCCGUCCACCUUGUCGUAUUAUUUGCGUACAACAACCGUCUGGCUGAAGACGCGCAGAGAAACUACUGUGAGCGAUUCAGCAUCGAGCAAAGUGAUGCUGCGAUAGCCAUAUGCCGCAGUACUCAUGACCCGGAUUACAUCCCCGCCGGUCUACUCGUUGGUGCAGGUCUGCUCACAAUAGUCCCAAUGUUCGAAUGGUCGUCGACAUUUAAAACCACUAAGGCACGGUCUAUCCUCGUGAUCUGGGCAGCACUGCUCGCUGUUGGUCACGUUUUCUUCAACCUGAUUAUCACGAACCCCAACAUUAACUACCGCAUCUGUUCAGGGGGUUAUUCGGAACCACUUCCUGGCUCUUCAUACCAAGCUGGUUCCUGGAAUGUGGACUGGAGUGUUGAUCUGGACGACAUGCUAUACCGCAAUUCGACCCGCGGGCCAAGGUGCAUAUACGCCUGUUUCGCACGAGAUGAAUACCUAGGUCGUCAAGCUAACGAGAUCGGCGUAUAUCAAGCUUCGUUGACCAACAGGUACGUCGACAUUGUCCGCAGAGGGAUUGGCGUCGGAUUCUGGCUGCUGUAUGCAGUCCUUUCCGUAGUAGUACUGGCGCUGCGUAGGCGAGGCAAGAUACAUAAACAACACAAAAUUCGGUCCCAAAUCUGGAGUCAGAUAAGGCGCCUGCUGUCGCGAUUGACUUGGUUCUGGUGGGUGCGCAACAUGGAGACACAGUCAGUAUGCCUCAGUUGUCUGGCUGAUCGAAUAAUUCAGGGUCUGAGUGUGUGCACCUAUUUUGCCCUUGUGGGUUGGGGUUUGGAAGAAGUAGUUCACCUUCCGGCCGCGGAGCCCCCAAAUGCUGUGGGACAGUGGGGAGUUCUGGCCACGGCGGCCAUGGUGCUGAUCGCUGCUGGAGUGAGCAAACUUUCUGAGGCCUGGGGGAACGCCCCAGCCCGGGAAAUACUGGAUGAUAGCGAGCAACGCCCGGAGAGUUACCAACUUGUACCGGUAGUGCAUCGUGAGGGAUGA